AUGGAAGCUUCAACUCCUAUCUCACACAUACCUAAUGAAAUCAUUCAGCUUAUACUUUUCCAGUUGCCAGUGAAGUCUGUGAUCCGGUGCCAGUGCGUAUGUGAACAGUGGCGUUUGUUGAUAGGCGACUCAGAUUUCAAGUUCUCGUAUCGUGGACAGCACCGACGACUGAUCUUCCUCUCGACCGAACCCAAAAGCUUGGAUCGAGAUCGUCGAUGGAGGCCAAUUUCCAGAUUCUUAGUUAGAUCUGCAAGCCAUGAUCUUCGUGUUCGAAGGCAUAAAUUGCCGUUUGGACAGGUGUAUCCAUUCACUCGUGCUACCUUGGGAAGUGAUCUUAGUGUUUUGUGUUCUUGCAACGGAUUUGUGCUUCUUCGGGUGGCUACGAAAGAAAUUUGGUUGUGGAACCCGUCCACCAAGUGUUCGGUGAAAGUGCUCGAGUUGCCGCCAUAUCCGGAGAAGUUAAAAAUGGUUAUCCUUGCAGCAGGGCUAUGCUACGACUCCCGCACUAGAGAUUACAAGGCUGUCCUAUCACUUCGUCGCAUAGGAGGAGAUAUUGAAUUUGACCCUCCAUUUCUCAUGUCUGCCAGCUUCAACCACAAAGAGUGGCGUCCGGUGCAGUUCCUUGGUUUCUUGAAUUCUGUUAUUAAAGGCGGCGGCAUUGAGUUUCGCGAUACAUUUUACUGGUGGGCAAGUGACAUAAAAGAUAUGCGAUACAACCCUCCCUCCUGGGAUUGCUUCACGGGUAGGAAUAGGAUCAUAUAUUUUGAUCCUGUGGGUGAUGAAUUCAGAAUCUUGCCCUUGCCUGCUUCCGGAUUGAGAGAAAGGUUCUGGAUAUAUGGGUUGGGGGUUAUAGAUGACUGUAUAUGCAUGGUGGCAUGCAUCUUUCAUGAAGGGAAAGACGAACCCAAGGAACCCAAAACCAAAACAGUAUGGAUUAUGAAGGAAUAUGGCAGACAAGAAUCAUGGAUGAUUGCAUUUGCUAUCCAAAUGCCUCAAUUUGGAUGUCUUGAUUGGUGGUAUGGCUUCACAUUUUAUUCUCAAAAUAUGAAUGCACAAGAAGUAUUAUUCGUACGUACUAUGAGGCGUGGGCAGAUUGUAUAUGUUUAUGAUCGGAAAAAAGAAAAACUUAAGACAGAUUCGUUAAACUUCAUAACUAGAUCUCAUCCUAGCAAAAUCUUUUUAAGUAUGUGUUUCUAUGUUGAGAGUCUUGCGUGCCCCCACCGGCCACAAUGGAUUGAUUUGGAGAGGUGA